AUCUCGCGGAACCAGAGGUGGUGGCGCAAUGGAGGGACUGGAAGAAAAUGGAAGUGUCCAAGUGGGAGAAUUGUUACCUUGCAAGAUUUGUGGAAGAACGUUCUUUCCGGUGGCAUUAAAAAAACAUGGACCCAUUUGCCAGAAAACUGCCACUAAAAAACGGAAGACUUUUGAUUCAAGCAGACAGAGAGCUGAAGGAACUGAUAUUCCAACAGUAAAACCUCUUAAACCUAGGCCUGAACCACCAAAGAAACCAUCUAAUUGGAGAAGAAAACAUGAAGAAUUCAUUGCCACCAUAAGAGCAGCUAAAGGCCUUGAUCAGGCACUUAAAGAGGGUGGAAAACUUCCUCCUCCUCCUCCACCUUCUUAUGAUCCUGAUUAUAUUCAGUGUCCAUAUUGCCAGAGGAGAUUUAAUGAAAAUGCAGCUGAUAGACAUAUUAAUUUCUGUAAAGAACAGGCAGCACGUAUUAGUAAUAAAGGCAAAUUUUCUACUGAUACCAAAGGAAAGGCGACUUCUCGGACACAGUAUAAGCCGCCUGCACUUAAAAAGUCAAAUUCUCCUGGAACUGCACCAUCAGGAUCUUCACGAUUACCACAACCAAGUGGCACUAGCAAAACUGUUGUAGGUGUGCCUUCAGGUAAAGUGUCUUCAGUUAGCAGCUCUUUGGGAAACAAACUUCAGACCUUAUCUCCCUCCCAUAAAGGGAUAGCAGCCCCUCAUGUAGGUAAGAUGGACAAGUUAGGCCCUCCACUUCGAACUGGAAGAUAUGUGCAAACGUUGUAUGACAGUGAUACAAAAUCAGACAGUGCCAUCAAAAGACAUGAGUUAUUACCCAUUUACAAAACUAACAUCAAACCUCGAAAUUCCACACCACCUAGUUUGGCACGAAAUCCUUCCUCAGGUGUGCUUACAAACAAAAGAAAAACAUAUACGGAGAGCUACAUAGCCAGGCCAGAUGGAGACUAUACAUCUUCACUUAAUGGCGGAAACGUUAAAGGCAUGGAAGGAAAUUCAACAGGACACUUACCAAAAUUCUGCCAUGAGUGUGGGACUAAAUACCCUGUAGAUUGGGCAAAGUUUUGCUGUGAAUGUGGCAUUCGAAGAAUGGUUCUGUGAAUAGAGCCCAAAAGAAAAAGCUAAGUCCAGAAUUUUAUGACUGUUGCAGCUUGGACAGCUAAAGCACUUCCUUUAGUGAUUUUAUGCUAAAAUUAUUCAAAAUACUUUUUUCAGCAAUUUUUGGAGCAUAAUUCUUUGGCUGUGUAAUGUGUGUGUGUAUAUAAAUGUGUACAUAUACUGUAUAUAAUAAAUACCUGAUACCCCAGACUGUGCCAUUUAUGGAAAUACUCAUCUGUCAGAAAAUAAUUUCAAGUGGAAUCAUUAAUGUUUCUGUUGUUAUUGCACAUUAAACAUACCUUCACAAAAUCAAAUGCUAGUGCUCAGCCCUUCAAGCUUUAGGAUGAUCAUUACUUUGAGCAAAAAAUCAGAACAAAAUUUUUAUUAUCGGUGCCUAUUUUCACAUAGUAUAGGAUGGGAUGCUUGGAAUUUUGGAAAUGAAGAGAGUAUUUUCAGUUACAGUUAUACAAGGUCAUUUUCCUGUAGAGCUCUUUAACAAUUAAUUUUAUAAAUAUUAAAAAAAGAAAGGAAUUAAACCCCUAUCGGUCUAUGAUGUCCUUU